CAACUGUCAACAAUGUUGACUUUGUCAAAAAAAGUAAGGUUACCAAAAAAAAUAUCAAAAAAAAAUUCCUAGUUUUUACUCAAUUUAACGUUUAAUAAUUAUGUUUUCGUUUCAAAACCAGAAUUGGGCAUUCGCCACGCUCACUCAAAUCAGAUCUAAAACCCCUUCGAUAGUUUUUCUUCGUAACAAGAAAGUCCAUAAGUCCAAGCAGCAGCCGCAGAACCUGUUAAUUUGCCCGGAGAGUUUCGCAGAAACCCUCAAAAACUGUGAUUAUGAUUUUGCUCGCAACUUACAUUUGAAUUUACUUCACAAAAACAAAAGUGACGUCUCCUACAUAUCAAAUGAAUCGUUUUUCGAAAACAAACAAGAAUUUAUGAAAAUUCCAAAUAAAAAUAGGAUAAAUCUUCAGAAACUCAUUCCAAGGUUGUAUGACAAUAAGUUCGCUAUAAACAUUCAAAUAAGACAUUUCAAGACUGAUCGGAAUAUACAAGCAGAACUAGUACGCAAUCCCACGUUAAUAAAUCGAUUAAAAAUCAAUCUGCACGAUGCGAAACUUCCGCCCAAUAAUGGAGAUCAACUAAAGAAGAUGUUACUUGAAGAUAUCCACUUAACUGACAAUGAAAAGCAACGAAUGAAAAUUGCUUUUGCCGAAGGAUACUUAUUAGGCAAUACUGGAGGUGGUAAAGGUAAUAGCAAUAAGGCUUCAAGAUACCUCAGACUUGUCCAGCAUGUAUUGACCAUAGCUUUUUUUUUUGCUAUUGUUGCUACCCUAAUGGCAGGCGCUAGUGGAUCGGUUUUCAGGAUUCAGCUAGGAAAUCAAGUGGAAGUGGACUCCGAGGAAAUCCAUGUUACUUUUGAUGACGUUAAAGGAGUAGAUGAAGCCAAACAAGAACUUAAAGAUGUUGUGGAGUUUUUGAAAAAUCCUGACAAAUUUUCAAUUUUGGGGGGCAAAUUACCUAAAGGCGUGUUAUUGGUAGGCCCUCCCGGCACUGGAAAAACCCUGUUGGCCAGAGCAGUUGCAGGUGAGGCUGAAGUUCCAUUUUUUCAUGCAGCUGGACCGGAGUUUGACGAAGUUUUGGUAGGACAAGGAGCCAGACGCGUCAGGGACCUAUUUAAGGCUGCUAAGGAACGCGCUCCUUGCGUGAUCUUCAUCGACGAGAUCGACUCUGUGGGUUCCAAAAGAACCAACAGCGUCCUGCAUCCUUACGCUAAUCAAACAAUCAAUCAACUAUUGAGCGAAAUGGACGGGUUUCAUCAAAAUGAAGGCGUCAUAGUUUUGGGAGCCACAAACCGCAGAGAAGAUUUGGACCAGGCCCUUCUGCGACCAGGCCGAUUUGAUGUUGAGGUUACUGUGCCGACACCGGAUUAUACGGGGCGCAAAGAUAUAUUGGGCUUGUAUUUGAGCAAAAUACUGGCCAGAGGUGUAGAUUUGGAGCUGUUGGCCCGUGGUACGACAGGCUUUACAGGGGCUGAUUUGGAAAAUAUGGUUAAUCAAGCAGCAUUGAAAGCUGCAAUAGAUGGUGCUGAUAGUGUCACGAUGAAAUACUUGGAAUCUGCUCGGGACAAAGUUCUCAUGGGCCCAGAAGGAAAAUCUCGCAUCCCCGAUGAGGAAACCAACCUAAUUACAGCCUACCACGAGGGUGGUCACGCAAUUGUAGCCUUCAACACCAAAGACAGCCACCCCUUACACAAAGUCACCAUUAUCCCACGCGGACCGAGUUUGGGCCACACCGCUUACAUACCAGAAAAGGAACGUUAUCACGUGACCAAAUCUCAAUUGCAGGCAAUGAUGGACACUAUGAUGGGCGGCAGGGCCGCUGAAGAGUUGAUUUUUGGACCGGAAAAAAUCACUUCUGGUGCCAGUUCUGAUUUGCAACAGGCUACGUCGAUCGCAACGCACAUGGUCAAAGAUUGGGGCAUGUCUGAGAAAUUAGGUCUGAGAACCAUAUCGGAAAACCCGAAGAGUUUUUAUCCGGAACAAUUAGGACCGUCGACAUCGGAAACUAUCGACAACGAAAUCAAGAGGAUUUUAAAGGAAAGUUACGACAGGGCCAAACAAAUCCUGAUAUCUCACGCAAAAGAGCACAAAGCCCUGGCGGAGGCUCUGAUGAAGUACGAAACGUUGGACGCUGAAGAUAUCAAGGUGAUUAUGGCAAAUAAAACGUCAGAUAAGUCGUAACCAGAUUUGUUGACUUUAAACGUAGUAGAAAACUCCCUUUUAUUGGUAAUCGGUUAAAUGUUUAUUAUUAAUUAGAUUUUCAAAACCUGUAAAUACCUGUUUGAUUAAUUAAAAUUUUGAUUUUUUUAAUAAAAACAAGACUCAUGUU